ACAGUCAAGCCUGGAAGCCCCACCUUUUGUGUUUCCCGCACCGUCAAUCAAAAUAGAAAAAAAUCGACUCGAAUCAGCGAUCGCAGCCCGCCUUUGAUUAAAAUAAUCAUGUUAGGGGUUUAAAUAAAACGAAAAGCUCCUGAUUUAAACCUUUUAUGCAAUGACUGGUACGUAACAUUUAAACUGAUUCAAACACAGCAUCGCCGCUCCAGAAAAGCCAGUGAAACAAGAGGAAAUGGCUGCCUUAGACGUGGACAGCAGUCAGAACGAGUAUCUGCAUCACGGCAGCGGCGGAGGAAACCAGGACACUCAGCCGUCACCGCUCGCUCUGCUGGCAGCUACCUGCAGCAAGAUCGGGUCGCCAUCGCCAGAGGAGGAUAGCAUUGCUGCCGCUGGCGUGCUUUCCGAUCUGGCAUCUGUACAGUUAACAGGGACGUCAAAUAGAUGGGAAGUCUUGACUCCUAAUGCAACAAUAAAAGAGGAACCUGGCUUAGUACCGAUUCCAAACGCAGGGAUAGUAACAUCAAAUGGACAGUAUGUUCUGCAAAACCAACAGAUCUUUGUGACUUCAGGAACAGAUGCUUCUGGCGAUGCAUUGCCUAAUAUACAUUACCAAGUGAUUCCACACAUUCACACCGCAGAUGGGCAACAGGUACAGUUGGGCUUCUCUACGUCUGGUGUAGAAAAUGCAUCUUUGAGUCAGGAUGCUACAGGGCACUUUCAGAUACUGCCCGAUUGUAAUACAACUUCUGCUGGAACGUCAUCCGCCAGCAUCCUGACAAACAGUCAGAACCUCAUGACACAAGCUGGCCAAGUUCAGCAUUCAGACGGCUCUGUACAGAUUCAAGGUGUUUCUGUAGGUGGUUCUACCUAUAACAGCCAAGGUCAAGUUGUUACUAAUGUGCCUGUCGGAUUGCCUGGAAAUAUUACCUUUGUACCCAUCAACAGCGUUGACCUGGAUUCCCUCGGACUCUCAGGGGCUGCACAGACUAUUGCUACCGGUGUGACCGCUGACGGUCAGCUGAUCAACUUGCCCAUGGUGCCACAAGCCAUGGAUACCUCGGAUAAUUCUGAAAACACUGGUGAGCAAAUGUCACACACGCUACCUGUUCACGAGUCCAACACUAAUCAAGACAUGUACGUGCCAACAACGUCCUCCUCGCAGCUGCAUACAACAAUAGACGGUACAGGUGUACUGCAGCAAACGUCAAGUACUUCAAUCUCCACCAACGACCAGGCAGAUGCUUCACAACUUCAGGGAAACUACAUUCAGACAACUCAUCACGACCAGACCCAGAUGCAAAAUAUUCAGGUCUCCUCUGCACAGUCCAUUAUACAGCUUCAGCAGGCCCAGCCACAGACUACCAGUGAAGUCCAGAUAGUCCAGGGCAUCCCACAGCAGCAAAUGCAGGGUGUUCAGACCGCAGGUCAAACCAUUUCUCAGCAGGCUCUGCAGAAUUUACAGCUGCUCAAUCCAGGGACAACUUUUUUGAUACAGGCACAGAUGCUGACCCCUUCUGGGCAGAUCCAAUGGCAGACUUUCCAGGUGCAGGGUGUGCAGAACGUGCAGAAUAUCCAGAUCCAAAACCCCUCCAGCCAGCAGAUCACACUGGCCCCUGUGCAGACGCUCUCUCUUGGGCAAGGUGGAACCCUUGGAUCCACUCCAGUCAGCAUAAGCACAGGCCAGAUUCCAAAUUUGCAGACUGUCACAGUGAAUUCUAUAACAUCCUCUGGAAUUCAGUUUCAACAGACUGAAGACACAAGCAGCCCUGCAGAUAUUCAAAUAAAAGAAGAACCGGACACUGAGGAAUGGCAGCUGAGCAGCGACUCGACCCUCAACACCAGUGACCUGUCCCAUUUGAGGGUGCAGAUGGUGGAUGAGGAAGUGGACCAACAGAGUCAGGAAGGGAAGAGGCUGCGGAGAGUGGCCUGCACCUGCCCCAACUGCAAGGAGGCUGGAGGAAGGGGGUCUAACCUGGGAAAGAAGAAGCAGCACAUCUGUCACAUUCCUGGCUGUGGGAAGGUUUACGGAAAGACGUCGCACCUGAGGGCCCAUCUGCGCUGGCACUCCGGCGAGCGGCCCUUUGUUUGUACUUGGAUGUUUUGUGGCAAAAGAUUCACUCGCAGUGACGAGCUACAGAGACACAGAAGAACGCACACAGGUGAGAAGAAGUUUGUCUGCCCGGAGUGUUCCAAACGUUUUAUGCGAAGCGACCAUCUUGCCAAGCAUAUUAAAACCCAUCAAAACAAAAAGGGCAUUAACUCCAGCAGUACAGUCAUGGCAACGGUGGAAGCAACAACGUCCUCUGAUAACAUUAUUACAGCAGGGGGAACUACCCUCAUCCUUACCAACAUUCAGCAGGGCUCGCUGCAGGCAAUUGGGACUGUGAAUUCCACAAACACCAGCCCACAAGAGAUUCUUUCCAAUUCAGAAAUACCUUUACAGCUUGUCACAGUGGCUGCCAGUGAGGUGAUGGAGUAAUACGAAUUCCAAUAAUAACUUGUCUAUUGGUCGUGUUUUUUUUAUUAUUAUUUUAUUUUUAUAUAUAUAUAUAUAUAUAUAUAUAUAUAUAUAUAUAUAUAUAUAUAUAUAUAUAUAUAUAUAUAUACUUAAAAGAAAGAAUGAUCAGUUAAUGUUCCUUAGCAGUCUUUAUACCGAUGGGCAAAAAAAAAAUGAUGUUAAUGUGGUUACAAUACACACUGAAAUGCCUUAUUUUGUAUCAUAUUGUGUAGUAUACAAUGGUGGAGUUGCAUGUGGUUUUAGCUACUGUUCAUGUGUAAUAGUUCUGAAAAAUGUAUUUGUAAUAUGACAAGAAAAAAAAAAUACUGAAAUGGGAGUCUGACCAGCUUAAAAAAAAAAUGAAAUAGGGAAAUUGUAGGUGUGCAUAUUUUGCAAAUGAAAGGUUGGAUAAAGUACGAUGAGGGUAGGGAUGAGUCCUUCAGAAGUUCAGAUUCAUCUAAACCAAGCAUUCAUGGAAAUGAUCAGCCUCAAAUCGUGGUGGUCCAGGUUGUACUGGGAUGUGUGAGCAGUCCAGAUGUGUCAUGUCUACAUUAAGCUGCUUUUUUGCACAUCCUAAGUUUUCCUGCAAUUUUCUUUUUUUGAUUAUGUUCUGUAAUUGACACACGCUUGUCUGAAUUUGCUUAGAAUUGGGAGUUUUGCCACCUGUUAAUUGGAACUUAAGGUAGUUUGCAAAAGGAAACAAUCAUGUAAUUAAAACUUUUUUGUAUUUUUUUCUGUUGAUCUGACGUUUAAUAUACAUUACUUGCAGCAAAAGCUAUUUAUAGUAGGCUUUACUUAGUAAACUGGUUUUGUUGUAUCAAAAACUUGUUAUUUUAAUUACUUUUUAAAUAUGUACAAUAUUAAGUGUGUUACUUUUGUAAAACUUCAUUUUCCAAUGGAACUCAAUUAAAGUCUGAAUCCUUUAUAAAAA